GGUGGGCGCGCGGACAUGGCCGCGCCCUGCAGGCCCAUCGUCCUGAGGAAGAUCGGGGCCCGCGACGCGCGCGUCCCAGACCCCGUCACCCCCCGGAGGAGUCCUAGGAUCGCUUCCCCGCCCUGGAAGGAGAACGCCCCCCCUCCCCGGAAGAGGACUUCCCCACCCGGAAAGGAGAACGCCCCCCAGCCCCAGAGGAAGACCACGGAGAACGCCCCCACCCCCGGGAAGAAGACGUCCCCCCCGGGGAAGGAGAACCGCCUCGCCGCCGGCAAGACCCCCGAUCCCCUCGUCGGGAGCGCCGUCCCACCGGGGAAGGAGAACGGGUCCGGGAAGGAGGCGUCCCCCGUCGCCGGAGAGAAGGCCUCCCGACCCGGGAAGAAGACCACCCCCGCGGACGCUCGCUUCGGCCGGGAUGACGGUCCCCCCGCGGCCCGGGCCUUAGGCUCCCCGGGCCCCGGGCCGGAGAAGCCGGACCGCCGCGACUGGGAGAUGUCCCGCAAGGUGCGGCGCUCGUACAGCCGGCUGUCGGCCGCGGGCCCCACCUCCCCCCCGCCGGGCCGCCGCUCCUUCGGCUUCGAGGGUCCGCGGGGGCUCUCGCCGGUCGGGGCCGAGGCCAAGGCCGCCGCCCCCUGGGAGCCCGACGCCCACCUUCCGGGAAUCGCCCUGGUCAAGGAGAAACGCCGGAGACGGAAGGUGCCCGAGAUCCUGAAGUCGGAGCUGGACGAGUGGGCCGCCGCCAUGAACGCCCAGUUUGAAGCCGCGGAGCAGUUCGACCUCCUGGUGGAAUGACGCGAGGCGGAGGGUCCGCGCCGGGACCCUUCCUUCCCCUGUACAUAGCCCCCUUCCCGCUUCCCGCCCCCAGCCCCCGGGGCCGCCGCUCGGUUGCGGGUCGGAGAAUAAAAGGAAUAUUUCUACCUCGGGACGCCGCGGGUCUCGUCCCUC